AUGGAAUCUCAGAAUAAAUCCUCUACCCAGACCGGAAUAAUUCAACAUGAAGGCGGGAUUCUUCAAAUUACCGAAGGUCUGCCUAUCCCAGAGCUCGGUCCCCACCAAAUCUUGGUGAAGACUGCUGCCGUGGCCCUUAAUCCGUGUGAUUUCAAGAUGCCAUUGCGGUUCCCGACCCCGGGUCUCUGGGAUGGGUGUGACUUCUCAGGCACGGUGGUUGCCGUGGGAAGUGAAGUUGCUGCACAGGCACGAUUCCGUAUUGGAGACCAGGCUUUCGGUGCCGUUCAAGGCUCAAAUAUGUCAGAUCCAUCGUCGGGGGCAUAUUGUGAGUACAUUCGAACCGACCCGGAUUUUACUUUCCAUGUUCCUAAGGGAAUAGAGCUAGCCAAUGCACCAUCCCUCUCCGGGACCGCAAUUGCGACACUUGGGGUUGCUCUCUUUUGGUCACUUCAAUUGCCCGGAACUCUGCUCACACCAGCAUCCAAAGGGGAGGAUGUUCUGGUAUACGGCGGAGGUAGCACGAUAGGACUACUUGCAAUCCAAAUGGUGAAGCUCUGCGGCCACCGGGUAAUCACAACAUGCUCCCCUCACAACCGCGACUUGGUGACAUCCUACGGGGCUGAUCUUGUCUUUGACUACAACUCUCCAACAUGUGCCGAAGACAUUCGAUCGGCCACAAAGAACACCUUGCGCUAUGUCCUCGACCCCUUUGCGGAAGCCAAGACUCUGCGGAUGUGCUAUGCAGCCAUGGGUCGCACUGGAGGACGGUAUUGUGCACUUGAACAAUAUCAAGAAAGUCUUUGCUCGCGAAAGGCAAUCAAGCAUGAACUGGUCAUGGGAGGUGCCAUCUCUGGCCGCGGUGUCGAGCUCCCAGAACCAUACGGUAUUCCACCACGGCCUGAGAUUGGAGUCUGGGCUCGGUCGUGGUACGUAGAACUCCAGGGGUUGAUUGAGAAUGGGAAGCUUAAACCCUGCCCAAUUCAAACCAUUACUGGCAGGUUUGAAGGGAUUUUGGAGGGUUUAGAUAUGCUGCGGAAGGGAAAGGUUUCGGGGAAGAAGCUUGUUGUGCCUAUGAUAUGA